CUUGACCUUCCCUUUCAAUUGGCCGGAAUCAGUCUGUCGUGUAGCUGCAAGCUACAUUCUUCUAAAAGUAGUAGAAAAAUGCAAUUAUCUCCGCUGUAAAUGGUAUUGCCAACGAGGUAAGUGGCUUUCUUACCGUUUCAUAUUCAAGCGGAAAGAUGUGUUUUCCUUCAUAUGAAAAUGGGUCACUUUAGCGCUAUGUAGCUAAUUAAUUGAUGGCGUUGACCACCCACUCUAUGCUAAGCUAACUAGCUCGUUAGCAUUCCAGUAAGACUCGAGGGACUGCGUGAAGACGUGACCGUUUCCUGUCAACCUGUCACACGUCGUUAGCAGAACUGGGUUGCAUAUCGAGCGUUAUGUGGACGUGCAUAUAGAGAGAUAAUAUGCACAGACGGGUAUUUACCAAAGUGUACAUAUAAAGUCGUCUUUUACUGGAACAAUGGUGAAGUACUUUGCCUGUGUGGGUCUUCUGAAAAGUUCCUGGGACCAAGUCUGUAUUGCUUUCUGGGAGCGAUACCCCAACCCCUACAGUAACCAUGUCCUAACGGAGGACAUCAUCUUCAGGGAUGUAACUCCCGGUAACCGUCUGGUCUCUAGGCGACUGCUGACCAAAACUAACCGCGCCCCUCGCUGGAUGGAGAAGUACCUGCCGGUUACCAUGGCCAGGCACGCCUACAUCAUCGAGGAUUCCAUUGUGGACCCCCAGAACAGAACCAUGACAACGCUGACUUGGAACAUCAGCCACGCACGAAUGAUGUCUGUGGAGGAGCGUUGUGAGUACAGAAUUAACCCUGACAACACCAGCUGGACGGAGAUUAACAGAGAGGCCUGGAUCUCGUCUAACCUCUACGGGCUCUCCAGAGCUAUACAGGAAUUCGGCCUUGCCCGGUUCAAGACCAGUGUUACAAAGACCAUGAAAGGGUUUGAAUACGUCCUGGCCAAAAUGCAAGGUGAUACCCCCUCCAGGACACUGGCUGAGCAUGCUGCAGAGAGGGCCAGGGAGACGGCUCUGGUAGCUAAAGAGAAAGCCAAAGGCCUGGCCUCACAGGCUCACAAGAAACAACAGUAUGUCUGAGCUGCCAGUGUAGGGUGAAGUUUCCCCGAGAUGCUGAUGUGUUUAGGAUUGGGGGCAGGGAAGCUGAUCCUAAAUGUCUUCCUAGAAACUUUAUCCUGGAGCCCGAGGUGCCAGUGGGAGGAAGUAGACAUUGGCCCCUGUCAGACCUGCCUGGAUUCAUACACUAUUCAAGAAUAAUUUCAACUACUUUAUCUGGGAUCGAUUUUAAGUAUGCCUGGAACCAAUAGAAUGCUGAAAACCCUGCUCAUCUGGCACUCCAGGCAGGCUCAAGCAAUUACAACAAAAAAACACAAAAGAAUGUUGAAUAGGAUCUGAACCCAGAUCUGUUUGGCCCUAA